CACAUCCACUUCCGCUUCCGAAGGCGGCCUCUUUUCAUUCCUCGGGACCGCUCUAGGCUGCCAACACGCCGGCUGGCCCCAAAAACUCGAUGGUUGUUGGGCGGGGUCGUGACGUCCUUGGCGUGGCUGCAGGGGAGGCCGCGGCGGGGAAAAUGGCGGACGGGAAGGCGGGAGAGGAGAAGCCUGAAAAGUCGCAGCGAGCUGGAGCCGUCGGAGGACCUGAAGAAGAAGCAGAAAAACCUGUGAAAACUAAGACUGUUUCUUCCAGUAAUGGAGGGGAAAGUUCCAGUCGCAGCGCUGAGAAGCGAUCAGCUGAAGAAGAAGCUGCCGACCUCCCAACAAAGCCUACAAAGAUCUCCAAGUUUGGAUUUGCCAUAGGUAGUCAGACGACAAAGAAAGCAUCAGCCAUAUCCAUCAAACUUGGAUCAAGUAAGCCUAAAGAAACUGUUCCAACUCUUGCUCCAAAAACUCUUUCAGUAGCAGCAGCUUUUAAUGAAGAUGAAGAUAGUGAACCAGAGGAAAUGCCUCCAGAAGCAAAGAUGAGGAUGAAGAAUAUUGGAAGGGAUACACCAACAUCAGCUGGACCAAACUCCUUCAAUAAAGGAAAGCAUGGGUUUUCUGAUAACCAGAAGCUGUGGGAGCGAAAUAUAAAAUCUCAUCUUGGAAAUGUCCAUGACCAAGACAAUUAAAUGAUGUUUUGAAAUUGGGGUGUGGGGUGGGUGUAAAGUUAAAAGGAACAGUUUCCUUUUUUAAAGAAUGGUAUAAGACUAUCUUUGGAGCCGCUUUUUUUUUCUUUUUCAUUUUUUUAAAAGAUUGAGUGGUACACUAAUAAAUGAGAGUUUGAAAUUAGAGGUAAUUUAUGUUUUAUAUACAGAUUUCAAGACAUUUGCUAAUUUUGUAGUUUCAUGUGAUUAGUUUCCAAAGGUUACAGAUAAUAAAGAAAUCAGAAAUGGUACCUUUUUAAGAAUUGCAUAUUUUUUUAGACACAACUAUUAGCACAUUAAGAGGGAAGCAAAGUUACUGUCUAUUUAAAACUGCAAGCAGUUAACUCUCUUAACUCCCUUAUUACCUAAACUUGUCUGGCUCCCAGGAACAGCCUUAUAGAGAGAGGGAGUAUUGUAUUGGGAAGAAAAUGUUACUGAACUAUUGACUGAAAGUAAAUUUAGAUAAAAUACAGCUUUUUUCCUUAUGGGCAUUUGUUUUGUUUCAAGUCAUCAUAAACUAGGUAUUGCAUUGCUAUUCGUGGAUACAGACGCUUAGCUCUUAAAAGUUUUUUUUUUUUUAUGUAAACUGUUGAAUAUUUGAAAUAGUCCACUUCACCUUAAUGGGUCUUGUCUAUCUUCAUUAGUCUUCAAAGAAAAACCAUUUGCUACCAAAGUAAAUCAGUAUUUUGAAUGUGCUUCUCUUGUUUUUUGUUUAUUAGCUAGUUCCUGUAAGCAUUUCCACCGGAACUUGAGGCAAAUCAUAAGGAAGCUGUUUCUUUUAAAACACAAACCACCACCAAAAAUUUAAAUGUACAUAUUGCUUAAGUAUUUGGCUGUUUUUAUUUUUUAAAUGGUAUAAACACCAAAAAAAAAUUAACAUUGUAUGAAGAUGGAAAACAAGAAGAUGCACUUUCUGUAACUUUGUCUAAGGAUUUAAAUUACUAACUUAUGAACUCCAAUUUGAAUUGAACUAUCGGCUUUCUUACUGGUAAAAUUAUAUGGUUUAUUUUAAAUGCGUACAUAUUGACCAAUGGCCUCUGAAAAAGCACAUUUUAGAUACUGAAAUUGAAGGAAAGAAAAUGCAUCUUCAAACAUUUUUUGGAAUCUCACCACAUAUACUUUGUUAGAUUUGUGUAUUGUAGGGUGUUUGUUUUGUAUUUUUGUAUUGUAUAUGAACUUUUUUUUAAAUGUGACAGUUAAACACAUCUUUAAAAGCAUAGUCACAGACAAAAGCAUACAGUAUAAAAAUUUCCUUGAAAACUCCUACAAUAUUAUAUUUGGAGGCAGCUUCAGACUGUUUUAUUGGUGGUAACUGCUUGCUGAGGUCUUUUAGUUGGUAAUAACUCCAGAGAAGCAGCCUGUGUAUAUUCCUAACACUUUGUUCACUAGCAUUUAAGUUUAGAAUAAGCCCAAGUAAAACAAUGGAAAUGUAUAUAGAACUCUUAGUUCUUACAUGAUUUAAUUAUAUCGAUACAUGAAUUUAACUUACUUUAAUGUAGGCAAACUAUCAAUUUUUUGUCCAUUUUCCUGUUUGUUAAAAUAACAUACCUCUCCUACAUAUUAUUUUCUUGACCCAAAUGAAAUAUUAACCUAAGGUCAAGCUGGGAGAGAGAAAUGACUGAGAUGAAUGUCUUUACUAAAGUACCAAUAAAUUUGUCAAACUCAA